GAACCGAUUAGCCCUGACCGCCACUACACUCCAAAGAGAGUGCCAACAAGGUAAGCCUUCCGACUCUGCUAGUUCAGGUACGAGACUGCGGACUGUUGUUACUUUCCUCUUCCAAACCCUCCUUUUCCCGCCACUAUCCUCUCAACCUCCGUCGGGGAACUCAUCGGAGUCGCCGAUGGUUACUUCUAGAGAUUUUCAAGAGAUCGUCUCCAAGCUUUCCUCCGAUUAUGUCAGAGUGCGAGAGGAAGGAAUGAAAUUAUUGAAUACGUGGUUAGAAGGAGAAAGAUCGGUUGGAUUUUGUAAUUUCCUUGGAAAGAACACGGCAAAGCUUAAACCAGAUGACAUUCUUAGUUCUGAAACAUGGCCGUUUCUUGUUAAAUUGCUUGUUAAAUGUGUAUCAUCAGAGAUUUCUUUGAGUAAGCGGCGAGCACCAAAGUUGACUUUUGCCAGAACCUUGCGAAUUGUUGUACAACGAGUGGAAGAAACUAAAAUUUCUGAAGGGAUGUUGCCUUUGUUAUCUGUGGUUAAGACACUUUUCAGUCACAUUUAUGAUGUUUUAAGCACUGUUCCAAUUUUUCAAUCGGAAUAUGGGGUUAUGCUCCGGCAUCUACUGAGUGUCAGAGGCUAUCGUUUUCACAUGAGGAAGCAUAUCUAUUCUAGUCUUAUGGUUCUUUACAUGGAGAAGGUGGAAACAAGCCUAAGUGAGAAAAAUAACACUCAAUAUACUCAGAAAGACGAGGUUUUUCGGUGGAUCUUGACACUUCAGUCACUUCUUGAAAAUCCUCCUGGUGAUUUUCCUGAUGACCUAAGGGAAAAAAUUGUGAAGGGAUUUAUUCAUAUUUUCUAUUAUGUGAGGGAUGAGGGAAAGGUCUCACGCAAGUUAAUUGAAUGUAUAAACACAUAUUUAUUGAAAGAUGGUCCAAAUCUAGGGCCCCAGUCUUUUGAGAUCCAUAAUGCAGUGCAGCAAUUUGUUUUCCACUGUUGGCUGACAACACAUGAUAAGGGUCUUAAGGAUGCACUUUUUUUCUAUGCAAGGUUACAGCUAAACCUAAUUAGAGGUGCUGUUGAUGGUAGUUCUUUGGUAGAGCAACUUUUCGAUGUACUAUGCAAGGAACUAGAUCAAAGCAAUUUAUCCAUUUCGGGUGCUCCUUGGGGUGAUGCAAUCAAGGAUGAUAAGUUUGGGACAUUAAGCAGCUUGCAAUGUGGUAUGGUGGAGCUUGCAGCACUUGUUUUCUAUCGGGCAUGUGUUAAUACAACCAAAGUACCAUUCGCUGAAAAAAGAGUUAGAAAGGACCAUGCUGCUAUCCAUCUAAAGGAGGCGCUUAUGAAAGGAAAAUGCUUAUGGAAUGCUGCAUUUUUCCAUCUGAUCCAUAAGUAUUACCCUCGCAUCGGACAGGAUCUUUUAGUUUACUGGUUCAAUGCCAUUUGUGGAAGUUUUGACAGGAUUUUGAAUGAAGCAAAUAUGGGGCAUGCUUAUGAUGGUUUAUUGUGGACUUUGCGGAGUUUGCAGGGGCUCUUCUCUAAGAUGCUGGUUCCAGAAUCUCAAGAGGAGAUUUCAUCAAGGUCUUCUUUCCUCUCAAAAGAGUUUAGUGGUGGUUGGCAGUUCAUAUGGAGCCAUCUAUUGCACUGGCUGCCAACAUUCAGCAAUGUAACCCCAGUUGUUGAUGCUGCUUUAGUUCUCCUUGGAAGCAUCAUUUCAACUGGUUUGAUGGAUACAUAUAUUGUGCCUCAAGAAUUUUUGGAUCUUCAUUUAUCCAAAGGAAUGCCAUCACCGUCUGUUUUGUACUUUAUUAUGUGCUAUUAUUCACAAAAGGGUUCUCAAGGUGACCUUCGAGACAUCUUACAUUCGAGGAAAAAUCUCUUAAGAGCAGUUUUGAGUUCUCUUAACUGGAAGGAAUCUUUGAUGCUGAAUGAACGUGUGGUGUUAUUUUUACCGGCAGCUGUUUAUGCUCUUUCUACUGGUUGUGAGCCAUUUAGGCAUUGUUACAAGGAAAUUCCCCUGUCACAAUCUUUUGUAGAUGUUAGUGAGGCUGCAGAUGAUUGGAUUAAGGGAGAUGAAUAUAAGCAUGAAAGGCAGCUCGAUCUUUUUGAAUGCUCUCUUGAAGUUCUUGCAGAAAUUGACUCAGGAUUGAAUAUUGAGAUUUCUACAUCCCAAAUCUAUCAAAGGGUAUCUCUUCCCCUACAGUUAAGAGAGCCACUUUUGUGUGAAAUGGAGGCUUGUAUUCUUGGGUUUUUAGAUGAUAUUGAGACUGAAAAGCGUGCUCUACCAGAUGUCUUCUUUAUAUGUGCUUUAUUAUCCAAUUUCAUAUAUGGUUCAUUAGUGACAAGGAGAAAGGAGGAGACAUCAUUAUUUCUGUCCAAGUUGGGCCAAUACUUGUUAGAGUUGCUGAGUCAUGCUGUCAAUAUAAUUGAAGAGAAACACAACAACUUUCAAUCUCUUAGUUUUUGGGGCUUCAGUUCCAACUUCAAUGAGAAAAGCACUAUCCUAGCUUCUUUUAGAAGUUUUGUUUCCUGUCCGCUUUUCAUCUAUUGUAGAGAUCAAGACGCCAUGGGUUUUGUACAUUUUAAUUCAGUAAUUCAAUCCAUGGAAAGGCUUUUAAAGGCAAUAGUUAAACUCUAUGAUGACUACAAUGAAUGUGUAGUUAAUCUUCAGUCUGAGACAAUCUCAUCACAAUUAUCUAGCCCUGAUUCUCCUGUAAAAAUAUUGAACCCUCUGGAUGGCAACAAAAGUAGGAUUAUGGACAUGGAGUUAGAUGUGAAUGAGGAUGUCAAAGAUGUAGAUAUUCUGGCAGCUUGUGGGAAAGCUGCUGCUGGUACGUCUUUCUUGGCAGUGAAGUGGAAGUUGGGCAUGAUUUCACUUAUUUCAAGUUUUUUCUCCGUUUUACAUGUGGUUACCUGGGAUGUACUAUUUGACCUCAUGGAAAAAGAGCAUGACCCCAAGGUGUAUGAGAAUGUUCUUUGCAAUCUUUUCCAGCAUCCCCACUGGUCAUCAUAUGCAAAGCUUACAGAUUUGGUCAGUUUAAUGAAUAAUUGGAGGGAAAUGCAAGUCAGUCAGAAGCAUGAUUGUGUUAAUAUUCUAGCUGCUAUUUGUAGUUUGCUUGGUGCCUUAGUAUCCCUAGACACUGGAAAGGAUAAACAUUGUGACCUUCCUUUGAAGGAAAGAGAAGCUAAAAAGUGCUUGUUAUAUCUGGGGGAGCUGCUGAACAAAGUUACUGAAUUUGAUCUUGUUGACUGGUUUGGACGAGUUAAACUAAUUGGCUGCAUAUGCAAUUUUAUUUUACUUAGUCCUGAAAUUGGUCAGACAAUGAUUGAGAAACUGCUUUUGAUGCUGCAUGAUCCUGAUUACAGAGUUAGGGUCUUCUUGGGUAGGCACAUUGGUGUUCUAUUCCAGACAUGGGAUGGUCACAUGGAGCUCUUUCAGGAUAUUUGUUCAAACUUUGGCAUUGAUCUGGUGCUUUACUCAAAAGAAAAACUUGUUCCUGCUAAGGAGGUUUUAGUGGCUGGUCCCCAGCCGUGUCCGAAAGUUGAAACUGUUAUUAUUACACUUAUGCAUCUUGCACUGCAUAGUGAGAAAAUAGAGUUGGAGGCUGUUUUUAUGUUGUGUGUGAUUUCUGCCAUUGAUCCCUGUCAGAGGGAAUUGGUGAAUGCAGCCCUUGAUAGUCUAUCGAGAAAGCUCCAGUAUAUGUCUAGGAUAAAGUACUUAGAGGAACUUAUGGGAUCUAUCCUCUUCGGCUGGGUUGCUUGUGGUGUUAGCAUAGCUGCUCUUGUUGAGAUACGACAGCUUUUUGUAGAAAAUGCUGAACCUAGAUGUUUUCUGCAAUAUUGUUCCCUUUGGCUUCUUCCAGCUUUAGUUCUGCAGGAGGACAAUCCUAACCUGAAUUGGGUGGCAAAGAUUUCUGGUCAACCUUUGGAUGUUAUGGUCAAAGACCAUUUUGUGCCAAUUUUUUCAGUUUGUAUGGCACUGCAUUGCAGUCAGGCAUCUGGGUGGGAGAAGGGAGCAAUGGCGCUUCAGAAUUCAAUUUUGCAUUUGGCUAAAAUUUCUGAAGAUGAACGAGAUGAACUCAUUAAGAGACAAAUGGUCUCUAUUGUCAGCCAUAUUCUUUCUCUUGCCUCCAGUGCAUCAGAUCCUAUGAUUCCAUUUUUCUCCCACGAUACAGUUGCACGUGCAAUUCAAACCGUGGUGGAUGGAUUUUUGGAAGUGGAGGAUCGUCCUGCAAUUGUGUGCAUCAUUGACAAGAUUAACAUUCUUCGUCCAGAUAGAGUGUUCAUGUUCAUAGUAGAAAUGCAUUACAAAAUUGCGGCGGCAAUUCAUCCAAGACAUAAAUGUCAUUGGUUAGCUUCAGUGGAGGUGCUCGUUAGUAUUCUUGGGCAUAGGGCUGCCAUUCCAAGCACUUCCAAUUAUCUUUUCAAUUUGAUUGGGCAAUUUAUUGGCUCUAAUGCUUUACAAGACCAAUGCUGUCGUAUAAUUUCUGCAUUGCUGAAAUCUUUAAAUAGCAACCCAUCCAAAGAAGCUAUCAUCGUGCUUGGAGAACAACUUCAGUUUUUGGUGUCAAAGUUGGUGGAAUGUUGCAAUACCUCUAGAGCUGACAGGAAACCUCCUACCUCCAUACCAUCUGAAGUUUUAUCUUUGCUCCAUCAGCUAACUGUGGAUUCUGAUCCAUCUCUUCAUGAUUAUAUCAGGGAACUCGAACCCUUCCCCAAAAUAGAUAUCUUUGAAGGAAUACAAAACUUCCACCAGGAACUAUGCCAUAUGUACUCUCCAAAAGAUCACUUGUUGAAGUUUGCUAAGAGAUGUUGCCACCUUCCACCAAGGUUACUCUCCUGCAGUCUCAAAGCACUCCACAAAAAAUUACUACUAGGGGAAACAUCUCAGAGAGAAAUCAAAGCCAUAGAAUUUUGGGAUGACACAUGCUGGCAUCUUGACCAAGAUAUUGUACGUGCAGUUUGGACAUUGGUCCGUAUCUGUGCUGCAGAUGAUGCAUCUUGGAUUAGAGCAUUGGUGUCUGAUUUCAUAUCCAGGGUUGGCAUCGGUGAUCCACACUGUGUUGUUUUUCAUCUCCCAGUAGACUCUAGUCACAUGCAUAUUUGCGGACCCAUUAACCAUGGUGGUGCUGCUGAAGUAAAACUUCUUGCAGAUACUGGCAUAUCUGAAGAAAUUCUGAUUGUGCUUUUGAAUAUUUUGAAGAAAUAUCUAAUGGAUGAUUCCGUUAAGAUAGUUGAUGUAGCAUCACAAACUCUUCGGGGAAUACUUUCAACAGAAAGGGGUCAAAAGGCUAUGUUGUCAUUCGACUCUGUUGGAAGAUCUCUUAUUGAGGUUCACUCAAAGGGUAUUGAUUGCAGUCUGGUUGAGAAGCUGUUGAUGGAUCUGGAAAAGAAGUUUAAAGCUGACAACAUUUCAGUGGAGAAGUCUAGCACAUGGGCUACGAAUGAUAAAACUUUUGAAAUGUGGAUAUGUCAACUUGUAUACUCGCUGAUUGGCUACUGCAGUGAUGUGAUCCUAAGAUUAUGUCAGGAUUUAGUACUGCUUAAAGCUGAAGUGGCUGAGCUUCUUUUGAAAAGUGUUAUUGUCAAUUUGGCUGGAAGAAACAAUAUGGAUGUUGAUAUUCAUCAAUUGAUUUCUUUGCAGGUCAAGGAACAUAUUUUCACAGAAUCUAAUAAGAUGACAAAAUCAAUUCAAGUUUUCUUGAAUGCCCUUAAUGAACUUCGCUUAUGUUAUGUCAUGGAAAGAUCUUUUGGGCCAUUAAGGAGUUCUAAGACUGCUAAGUCAUCAAGUUACAGUUCAAAGUCUCGUUCCACCCCUCUGAAGGCUCUUGAUUCUGCAGUUACAUUAAGUGAAAUGGCAAUAUUUACAUCUUCAUGGGAGAAGGUUUAUUGGCUUUCUAUUGAUUAUCUUGUUGUUGCUAAAUCAGCAGUUAUUUGUGGUUCAUACUUUUCUUCCAUGAUGUAUGUGGAGCAUUGGUGUGAAGAACAUUUCCAUUCUCUCACCCUUGGGAGCCCUGAUUUUUCCAAUUUUGAGAUGUUACCACAACAUAUUGAAAUACUUAUCUCAGCAAUCAAUCACAUCAAUGAACCUGAUAGCUUAUAUGGGGUCAUCCAGUCAUACACGUUGACCUCCCAAAUAAUUACCUUUGAGCACGAAGGAAAUUGGAAUAAGGCCCUUGAGUAUUACGACCUACAAGUACGAUCUGAUGGCACAGUGCAAAAUGAUAACAGAUCCAAAACUCUUUUACUGGAGCAGACCCAACCAACACCUCACUUUUCUGCAUUGGAAGGUGGGACAAUAUGGAAACCUUACAAAGGCUUGAUUAGGUCCUUGCAGCAAACUGGUUGCACACAUGUACUGGAUCUGUAUUGCCAUGGAUUAACUUCUCGAAAUUCCCAAUUUCAGCAUGAUUUAGAGUUUACAGAAUUGCAGUAUGAGGCUGCUUGGCGUGCAGGAAACUGGGAUUUUUCUUCACUUUAUUCAGGAGCUCAUUCUACUCCUUCAGGUCAUCACAUUAGAAGUCACCAUUUCAAUGAAAACUUGCAUAGUUGCUUGAAGGGAUUGCAAGAGGGUGAUUCCUAUGAAUUUCAGAGAAAACUCAGAGAUAUGAAAGAGGAACUUGUUUGGUCUGUCUCUCAUGCAAGCGAGGAAAGCACUGAGUUCAUCUACUCAACAAUAAUAAAACUCCAGAUUCUUUAUCAUCUUGGCUUUGCUUGGGAAAUACGUUGGCCAAAAUCUUCAUUUGAAAAGAUAAAAAACCAUGCUGAUGAGCAAAAAGUGUUAUCUGAUCCUGUACUCCCUACAAUGGACCAGUUGUCGUGGCUGAAUGUGAACUGGAGCUCCAUUUUGAAAAGAUCACAGCUACAUAUGAAUUUGUUAGAGCCAUUUAUUGCAUUUAGGCGGGUUCUACUCCAAAUCUUGAGUUGUAAUCCGUGUACCAUGCAACAUCUUUUACAAUCUGCAUCCACUCUUCGUAAGGGCUGUCGAUUUUCUCAAGCUGCUGCUGCUUUGCAUGAGUUUAAGUUCCUUUGUGUAGGAACUGGAGAACAAAACUCAACUUCAUUUUGGCAUGGAAGGCUUGAAGAAGCAAAGCUAUUGCGAGCUCAAGGUCAGCAUGAGAUGGCUAUCAGCCUUGGAAAAUAUAUCUCAGAAAAUUACAAAUUGAACGAAGAAGCCUCAGAUGUAUACCGCUUAAUUGGCAAGUGGCUUGCAGAAACUAGAUCUAGCAACUCAAGAACCAUUCUAGAGAAGUAUCUCAAGCAUGCAGUCUCACUUGCUGAGGAUCACAAGGCCAUUGACAAAAAGUCAACAGAAAGACAAAGCCAGACUCAUUUUCACCUUGCACACUAUGCAGAUGCUCUCUUUAGAAGUUAUGAAGAAAGACUUUCUUCAAAUGAGUGGCAAGCAGCAAUGCGUCUAAGAAAACACAAGACAAAAGAACUCGAAGCACUGAUCAGACAACUUAAAGUUUCAACAAAGGGGGAGAAAACUGACUAUUCAAUGAAAAUACAAGAGUUGCAGAAGCAGCUUGCAAUGGACAAGGAAGAGGCUGAAAAAUUGCAGGAUGAUAGGGACAAGUUUCUUGGCCUUGCCUUGGAGGGAUAUAAACGCUGUUUGGUGAUCGGUGACAAAUAUGACGUGAGAGUGGUGUUUAGACUUGUUUCACUGUGGUUCAAUCUUUCAUCGAGGCAAAAUGUGAUAAAUAACAUGCUUAGAACAAUUGAUGAGGUUCAGUCCUAUAAAUUUAUACCACUGGUCUACCAAAUUGCUUCAAGAAUGGGAAGCUCAAAGGAUGGACUAGGGCCUCACAAUUUUCAGUUUGCUCUGGUUUCUCUUGUCAAGAAAAUGGCCAUUGAUCAUCCAUACCAUACACUCUUUCAGCUUCUAGCUCUGGCAAAUGGUGACCGUAUCAAGGAUAAACAGCGAAGUAGAAACUCGUUUGUUGUUGAUAUUGAUAAAAAGCUUGCUGCAGAGAAUCUUUUAGAAGAGUUAUCAUCAUAUCAUGGACCUAUUAUCAGACAAAUGAAACAAAUGGUGGAGAUCUAUAUCAAGCUUGCAGAGCUUGAAACAAGGAGAGAGGAUACCAAUAAAAGGAUAACGCUUCCAAGAGAAAUUCGCAGUCUUCGGCAGCUGGAGCUUUGCUGCACAAAUGUGCCAACCAUCCUGCUUCGUGAUAAUAGUGGCUGCUCUUCAGUUUCAUAUGCUGACAUGGGUAUCCUCCAACAUCUAGACUUUGAAACAACAGCAACAACUACAACUACUACUGCUACCACUAUAGCAACAACAACAACAACAAAAUUCUACAGGGCACUCAGAACUGUUCCUCCUAGAAGGCAAAAAGUACCUGUAGUGACAGCAACAUUUCCAGUUGAUCGUGGCUGCCAAUAUCUUGAGGGCUCUUUCCCAUACUUCGAAGGAUUGGCAGACUCCAUUAUGGUGAUGAAUGGUAUAAAUGCUCCAAAAGUGGUUGAAUGCUUUGGUUCAGAUGGUAGGAGAUAUAAACAGUUAGCAAAAUCUGGAAAUGAUGAUCUAAGACAAGAUGCUGUUAUGGAACAAUUUUUUGGGCUAGUCAAUACUUUCUUGCAUAAUCACCGGGAUACAUGGAAAAGAAGAUUGGCCAUACGCACAUAUAAGGUUGUUCCAUUCACUCCAAGUGCUGGUGUUCUUGAAUGGGUUGAUGGCACGCUACCUCUUGGAGAAUAUCUUUUAGGAAGCUCAAGAACUGGAGGUGCACACAGUCGCUAUGGUAUGGGAGACUGGCCAUUUCCCAAAUGCAGAGAGCACAUGUCAAAUGAAAAAGACAAGCGCAGAGCAUUCCAGGAAGUUUGUAAGAAUUUCAGGCCUGUCAUGCAUCACUUUUUUCUGGAAAGAUUUUUGCAACCGGCUGACUGGUUUGAGAAGAGACUAGCUUACACACGAAGUGUAGCAGCUAGUUCAAUGGUGGGUUAUAUUGUUGGACUUGGAGAUCGGCAUGCUACAAAUAUCUUAAUUGAUCAAGCAACUGCAGAAGUUGUUCACAUUGAUCUAGGUGUUGCUUUUGAACAAGGCUUGAUGCUGAAGACUCCAGAGCGGGUCCCAUUCAGGCUGACCAGAGACAUCAUAGAUGGCAUGGGUGUCACUGGGGUGGAAGGUGUUUUCAGACGAUGUUGUGAGGAAACCCUUUCUGUAAUGCGGACAAAUAAAGAAGCUCUGCUGACCAUUGUUGAAGUCUUUAUACAUGACCCUCUUUAUAAAUGGGCAUUAUCCCCUUUGAAGGCUUUGCAACGUCAGAAGGAUACAGAAGAUGAUCUGGAGAGUAGCUUGGAAAGCCCACAAGAUGAAGGGAACAAGGAUGCUGAACGUGCACUGUUGCGUGUCAAACAAAAACUAGAUGGAUAUGAAGAAGGUGAACUGAGAAGUGUACAUGGCCAGGUUCAGCAACUGAUACAAGAUGCUAUUGAUCCGGAGCGAUUAUGUCAAAUGUUUCCCGGAUGGGGAGCUUGGCUGUGAUUGUCUUCUUCAUCCUUCAUGGAGCCCAGUGACACCCGAUCAUACUGUACAGUCGGUGCUUUGCUUAGCCAUGUAUCGGUGAGUCCAAUUGUGUAUAUAUACUCGAGAUUUAAAUAUCGGGUGUUCGUUGUGUUUGUAGCAUUAGCGGUACAUAGAAAUUGUACUUUCCUUCUUUACGUUCUCUCUUUUGUAUGCAAUUCAAAAUCCAUCAUUGGAACUGGUAAUUUCCAUUGGGCCGGGUUCUAUAAUUAGCCUUUUU